UCCAUUGGGUGUGCUAUUUCUUGGAGACAACCUCACUACCCUUGAGUAGGAGCAAGGUCUUCUUCAUACAUACCCUUUCAAGAUCAUACUCUCGUGGACAUGGGCUGCACCCUCUCUGGUGGCGGCGCCUGGUCUGUCUUGGCCGAACGGAUUUCCACCUGGACGGCGUUACUCUCGGCGGCUGUUCGAUCUGUACGGCGACGGCGGCUCGACAAGCGGCAUCUUCAGAUUUCCAGAAAAAUGGGCUGCACACGGUUCUAUUCAGGCCUCAGUUGCUACUUCAAUCCGGUUUCACUAUUUCUUCAAACCCUAGGAAUUGCAUUAGGGGAUAGUUGGAUGUCCCCCGAAGAUUACGUGUUUACUUGGGGGCCUCUUCUUUAUGAUGUUUCAAGACUUGAUGAAAAUGGCCUACAAAGAUCAAACAGAUUAGCUCAAGAAAUCAAGAAGAAAAUUGAUGUUGCAGAAUUUAAAAAUGCGACCACCUUAUGGGGCCAACUCCAAGUCGUGAUAGGUGAAAACUCUGAUGGAGUGGACUUGUACAACUUCUUGUCGGAUCUGAAUUCGGAUGAUGAUGCAUUAUUGGGAUCAACUGUUUCAAACAAAGCAUAUCUACAAAAUAAGUUGCCAAAGAAAAGAUACUCCAAUUAUCUAUGCUCUUUGAAGGAGAGGAAUAUGAUGAAGCCUUCUUCUGCAGCAGGUCAUCCUUUGGAUCUUCCUACUUUAAUGGGUGGGCCCAUUAAAAAGAAAUUAAGAAUUAUUCCUAAAAACUUAACGUGGGGAGAGCAGGAAGAUGCUGUGUUUGAAAGAAUGACGGGUGAUUUCAUGAGACCAAGGAUUGAAGAGGUUGACGAGCUAUUGGCUAAAGGAGUGAAUGUGACUAUUUAUAAUGGCCAACUUGAUGUCAUAUGUUCUACCAAGGGAACUGAAUCUUGGAUUCGCAAGCUCAAAUGGAAAGGACUAAAAGCAUUCUUAAGGAAAGAGAGAACUCCACUUUAUUGUGGGGGCAAAGGCUCUACAAAGGCAUUCACCAAGUCAUAUAGCAACUUAAACUUUUAUUGGAUUAUUGGCGCUGGCCACUUUGUUCCUGCAGAUCAACCAUGUGUAUCCUUGGACAUGGUGCAAAGGAUCACACAAUCACCAGCUGCUUAACUUUUGAAGUUCCUCAAUACUUGUCACAACUAAGCAACAAACAAAUUAUGAAUGCGUCUCAAAAAAUGUUCUGAGCUUGAAUCGGACGUUGAACCGGACAAACAACUGGGUCAUGGGUUGUUAAUUGAUCGAAUCAGUUAAAUUAGGUCGAUCCACAACCCGGUUAACGACUUGGUAAUGUUUGAACAAUCAUCCUAUCAUAUUGGCCAACAUGUAAUCAUAUAUUAUGCAAUAUUUGUGUCAUACAUUUUAUUGAAGUGAAAAAAUGGGAGAAAAAUAAAUUUUAAGGAUACCA